AUGCUUGCUGUGUACCUCUUGUACUUGCAUCCCCUCUCUAGAUUCCCCGGACCUAAGCUCUGGGUGUUGUCCCGCCUCCCGAACGCCCGCUCCCUGAGGAGAGGCACUUUCAUUCACGACUUAAAGGCGCUACACGACAAAUACGGGCCUAUUGUACGAUAUUCUCCAAAUAAGCUGUCCCUAAUCGGCCCAUCCGCAUGGCAAGACAUCUAUGGACACCAUGGUGGCGAGAAAAACUUCUCAAGAAACCCGCUUUGGUACCAGCGAGCACCGAACGGGGCUCAUACCAUCCUGUCCGCCGACAACACCACCCAUGCACGGAUUAGAAAGCUGCUCUCUCACGCUUUCUCUGAGAAGGCACUGAAGCAGCAGGAGCAUCUGAUCCAGGUGUACCUCGAUCUUCUGGUCACGCGCCUCAAAAACAAGGCAGACAAUCGGCCCAUCAAUAUCAAGGACUACUUCCAGUUUACGACCUUUGACAUUGCAGGAGACCUGGAAUUUGGCGAGUCUUUCGGGUGCCUCGAGAAAGAAGAUUACCAUCACUGGAUCAGUGUGAUGCUGGCGCACUUCAAACGGCUCGUUCUUCUUGGCUCAACGCUCAUGUUUCUCCCCAUCCUCCGUCCUAUUGUACGGCUGCUGAUCCCAAAACGGGUUCGCGAGCAAAGAAUGCAACAGUUUGAGUUUUCUCGCGCCAAGGUGGGAAGACGUCUCGAUGUGGGCGACGACCCUACCCGACCCGACUUCAUGACCUACGUUUGCCGGCACAACGAUGAAAAGGGCAUGACCAGGGACGAAAUUGACGCUACAUUUGAUAUUCUUGUCACUGCUGGUAGUGAGACCACUGCUACGACCAUGACCGGCAUUUUGCAUUACCUACUACGGUACCCAGACAAGUUUCAGAAGUUGAAAGACGAAAUUCGCACGGCUUUCUCACACCCUUCUGAGAUAGAUAUUAAGAACACUACUAGGUUACCAUACCUAACGGCUGUCAUCAACGAAGGAUUGCGACUCUGUCCACCGGCUCCUACAAUGCUGCCUCGCUUGGUUCCUGAACGUGGCGCUGAAGUUUGCGGUCACUGGCUUCCUGGUGGCACAUCCGUUGGAGUUCCCCCAUGGUCUGCCUUCCGUUCUGCUUCAAAUUUUGCUUCCCCCGACUCUUUUAUUCCCGAGCGCUGGAUUAACCCAACUAAAGGUGGUCUGGCCCUACAUCCGCAUGAGCCCAGCGCUUUCAUGCUAUUCUCAUACGGCCCGCGCAAUUGUCUGGGUAAAUUCUUGGCCUGGGCAGAAAUCAGGCUUGUGCUGUCCCACCUUGUCUGGAACUUCGAGGUAGUGGUUAAAGGGCCUGGUUAUAAAUGGGAAGAUCAGCUUACGUUUAUCAUGUGGGAGAAGCAGCCUUUGGUCGUUGGGCUGACUCCGGUCAUUCAUUAA